AUGGGCUGGUCGAACUUUCGUGGUGCUGAGGGCCACUGCAAUGCUUACCAGGCCCAUAUCUUCAUGCCGGAGUCCGACGCGGAAUAUGACUGGGUGGAUGCCAACGUGGUGCGAGUGAACAGUUGGCACUGGCUGGGUGUCAUGGGCUCGACUUCCGGGGGCUGGACCGAGGAUCCGACAAACGUCAAUCGGCUGGACGGCAAGGAGGGGGGACCCUUUCCAGAUCUCCAGCAAGCUGACUGCCCGGCCAUCGCCUUGGCACACCAUCGACUCGCGCUGGAGGCCGUGUUACAUCUUCCACAGCCGGAAUGGUUAUUGGAGGUACCACUGGCACGUGCAGCACUGUCACGAAGGCCGGUACUUUAUCUGCAAGAUGCCCCUCAGGGCGCAGCCCCUCUCAUGGUUCCACUUGUCGCAGCAAGGUGCUUCUGUGGCACUGCCGCAGAUGUUCGCGAUGAUGGCACUUGCGUCAGCAAGUCGACAGACAGCGUCGGCAACAAUGCACAGUUCAACCACAUUUACAAGUACAAGCCCUUUGAGUACCACUUGGCUGGCAACAAUUACUGCUUGACUGCGAGUGGCCGACGGGCUGAAGGCUCGGAAAGCCCUGCCAAGACCCUCGGAGCGUGUCAAGCCGCCUGCUCUUCUGAUGCCUACUGCUUUGGCUUCGAGUUCUAUGCCAACAGCAAGCACCAGGAUUCCAAAUGCUGGCUGUUCACGGGCCACAAGCAAUCGGCCAACAUCAUCCCGGUUCGAGCUUACACAGGGCGCCGGUACAAAGAUGCAGUUUGCUACAUCAAGGCUCCAUACUUCGAAGAUGGCUGCUACAACGACUAUGGCAUCCCUGGCUACAAGUUCUCACACUUGGGCUACUGGUACUAUCACAUCCGCACCUCUGCUGGCGAUGCCAGCUUGUCUGCCUGCGCCGCGCAGUGUGACCGCGCACGGGCAGCGUGCAUCGGCUUUAACUUGUACGAGGACGGAAAUGUGAAACAUUGCUACACGUACACGCAGGAGCGCAGCUUCCACUAUUCAGUCACCGAUGGACGCUGCAAAGCUUUUGUGAAAUGCAGCUCGCCGACUUGGCACCCCAAUGAUCAGAGUGUCAGCUGGAAGCAUUUGUCCGACCAAUGCGAGGCAGGCGGCCAGCGGCUUUGCAGCUACCAGGAGCUGUGUCCUGCGGGUAAAGGUCGCGAGCCUGUGGGAGGAAGACAGGCACAAACCGAUGCAUGGUGCCCGAUUGUGGACAACAAAGCUGCGAACUACAUCCGGUGUGGCAAUGUUGGGGCUGCCUGCCAGAAGCUCACAGAACUGGGCGCACUGGCCAAGCAGAAGUGGCCUUUGGCGGACGCCCGACCUGACUUGAAGGAUGCCUUCGCCUGCUGUGACGUCUGA